AUGGCUAUGAAACGGGGGGAAGCUGCUGAUUGCCCAUACAAGUUAGUGCUGCAAGACUCCAUAUUCCAUAGUUUGCACCACAUCAGCUGUUCCUGCCCUUGCCGCCAUUGCCGAUCUGAUCAAUGUUUAUUGUUUGAUACAAGCUUGCAAGCGGCCGCCUCAGGGCACAGGCUGAAGAAUUUGGAAAUGGUUGUGUGA